AUGGAGCAGGUAUUUAUCUAUUAAGAAGCAUUGCAAUUGUAUCUAGCUGGUUGGUACCCAAGCCGUAAAGUAUCGUUGGUGGGGUGGAAGGUGCCAUGAAGUAGUUUAGUUUAGUCGUAUUCAGUGAGCACGUAGCAAUAGUUGUAUCUACAUGGACAGGUUUGGUUUGUCUCGAGUUAUCUUUUGCCCUUUAUAUUUUACCAACGUGAUUUUGGGCUAUGUGAGAGAAAAAUAUUCACUUUACUGGCAAUGUUCUUCUGCAAUUUUGGUGGUGUGGUGCCUCGUCGUUCAUCGUUUAUUAUUCAAGAAUGGAUGGUUGAUGUGCUACAGUUGAAGAGCAAGUCAAUUUUUCAUUCAAGCCAAGUCGUCCAAUCCAAGGAAGGUUGUUUCUUAUUAUUCAUGUGACGUUAUUGUAACCCUCUUUGUGGAAGAUACAUAAUUCCGUUCGUAGAUGCAUACGAAAAGUGCAUCAGAAGAAGACUACAUAUUAAUUAUUAUUGUGUAAAGUGUUCUCGUUUUUGGGAAACUUUCAUCAAGUUCUGGAAAAGAAAGUGAAUAUUUUUUUUAGUGAAAACGUAUAAUCUAACUUAUUGGCUUGGAUAAAAGGAUUUUGGAUUUACUUAAAAUAAAGAGCAGAAUACAACCCGGCACAAGGGAUUCGCUUACUGAAAAGUGGUCUCACUUUGGUGAAAGUGAGGAAAAGAAGGAAGAGCGAUUGGGAAUUAAUUAGUCGGCAGCAGCAGCAGCUUGACCUAAUCAGUUCUCACCUCGGAGAGUAAGAGGACUUCCGUGUCGGUGGAUUAAUUUGGUGGUGGGACGUGGGAGGAGGAUUGCCACCAAACCACACAAAUAUAUACACAGAAAUAUAAAGACUGGAGGAGAAAGUGCAUCUGAGCCAGCGGAGGCGUCGGGGUGGUCUUGCCAGCCACCGGAACAUCUCCACUGGACUCCAUCCAUCAAAGUCAUCAACCAUGAUCCUCACACUCCUUUGCCAAAUCCUCCUCAUGGACACGAGGACACUCGCAUUUCCACAAGACUCUGGCAGACCCACGACCCCCAGUCCUCCCCUCCAUCUCCCCCUCUUAUCGUCACUCUCUCAUCCUCCACCACCCCACUUGACGACACCAAUGGCAGGGCGAAGCGCCUCAGACUUACCAUUUAGACCUAGCAGUAGCAGUAGUAGUAGUAAGAGCGUUAGAAAUAAUAUCACUACCCCAAUUAUUUAUAACAAUGGGAAAACAAGGCCAUUCACAGCAUCAUCUAAGUCGCAAAAUAGCAGAAGUACCAGUUCCAGCAGAAGCAGCCAGUACAUCCGCACGAGAAGGGAUCCUAUUGCGUCGCCACAAUAUCAGAAAUCUUCCUCAGACUGGCUCGUUCCCCCCUUUAAUCCCACCCAGAGACCCAGAGGAGGAUCACUGGCCACUGCCAGCAAUUUCAACUCGUACGGCCUCGCGUACAGAAGCAUCCUGCCGAUCCGUUCCAGCCCCAACUCGCACAACGUGAACCGGUACACGGGUCUUUAUCGGAAUCGUAACAUCUUCUCGAAUGGGGAAAACAACGACAACAAUAAUGACGACUAUAAUUACAACGGCAAUAUUCAGCAGUAUGAGAAGAUCAGUCCGCAAGAGAAGAACGAUAUCAGCGUCAAUCUCCCCAGUUUGUUGGGAGAUGAUAAUGACCACUUUAAUUUGCCAGUGGAGAAACACCACUUGACCACGACCACGACGGCGGAAUCAAAGACGAAUUCCGCUCCAGCCACGGAAGUUGGGAGUAUAAGUAGUACGCUGGAAAUGAAGGAUGUUUAUGGUGGAGGAGAUCUAAUGUCACGGGAUGGUAUUAGUAAUCAAGCUAUUUCGCCAAACACUCCGAAAAGUGUGGCUAUAAGGCAACCCAAGCUGCAUAAACCUAUGGCGAAUGAAGAGCAGGAUACGGCUAUUGUAUUUCCAGGAAGCGUUUACCGAUCGCCGAAUAAGCGUGCCGGUGGUGGCGGUGGGGGUAGCGUCCGUCCUGGAAAAGCGACCUCAUCCACGCCACAAUUCUCCACGACGGACGACGAGUAUGUCCCACCCCCACUAAAAUCCUUGGACAAAGCAGCCUUUGAGAGUCUCAAGCUCCUCCUGGAAACGAAAAGAAUAUCUCAAUUGCUAAAUGCCCGGACUGCAAGUCCGAAAAUUGGUUCUGGAUAUGCGAGUGGUCGCCCAACCUCAACGACCCAGCCAACCCUCGAUAUUCGAGGCAGGCCGAAGUGUGCCACGCAAAACAGUGGCUAUUGUGAUGAGAUCGAUACUUAUCCAAAAGAUUUUUUCGAUUCGAUUCUCAAAAACUCAUUGACACUGACGCCCGACGUUUUCCAGGAGGUUUUUGGCGACAGCGUUGACAAUAAAACAGUGGCGUCAGACCUCGCAGGAAGAGAUGGGCUAAAUCUUAUGCUGGACUCCCCAUUGUGCUCGUCAAUUGAACACACAAUCUAUCCAAAAGUUGCGGAGAACAAGGACGGCAAAUUUAUGUACAUUGUCAAUCAUGACGAGUACAUUCAAGGCGUUCGCGUCGAGAAAUGCGUAAAAGAAGGUUCCCCCUGCCUUUACUUGGAAGGAAGUCUGACCGGAUAUCAAAGCACUUGCCGACAGAAAUACAUUUAUCGAAAAUUGCUCGCCUUCACUCGUGACGGUAAAGCGACCACGGAUACAUUUCGUCUUCCAGCAUGUUGCGUGUGCCAUGUGAGAUCAGUGUUUGUCGAUGAUCGAAUAAAUACUGCCGGAUUUGGCUCCGAUAACACAGAUUAUGCCCCCUCUUCGGUCAUAAUCCCGAAAAAAAGUGGGGAAAAUUCCACAAUUUCAGACCCAACGAACGGAACAGUGGUGGAACAUGAGGACGGCGACGACAAAUUAUCCGACAACACGUCCUCCUCCUUCACAGCGACUGAAAUUAGUCACGAUGACGUAAUGGAUUUCCCAACCGUGUUACCAGACACGGUCGCGGCGUUCAAAAAUGGGAGUGGUGCACCCGAAGAGUUUGCCAUUACGGAAGAUGAAGGAGUAACGGGAGAUCCUUUAAUCUCAUUCAGAGCAUUUAAGUAAUUAAUUGCAUACGGUGACUAUUUAGUGAAUGAUGAGUGUCGUUAAAUGAUGUUAGUAUGCAAAACAACAACAUUUUAGUCCAAGCAAUUUACAAUGUAAAAACUUUAGAUUUAUAUAUGCGGUAAAAACUUCCUAUACAAGAAGAGCUUCAAGUAAUACCCAUGAAUGAGACAGGAGGAUGCAUUUAUGUUAUGUCUUUCGGGUGAAAGAAAUAACGGGAGAAAGUGUUUUUCUGUAGGUAUUUUGACAGCUGCAAGAAAUGCAAGGCGCAAGAAACGACGCCACGGCUCUGUACUUCAUGGGACGAGUGGCUUAAUAUUUCUUGCAAUUUCUUGCAGUUUCUGAAAAAAAAUCUGCAAGCUUCUUCACUGCAUCUUGCGUUUCUUGCUUUGCAAUGCAAGAAAUGUUGCAAACCCACAAGAACCGAAACACUGUUUACAAUUCACAUACAAACAUUCUGUAAUGAAUUAGACUGAUUAGUGUGAUUAAUUUUAUUUAAUAUUUUGGUAUACACAUAAGUUGUACAUGUACAUACACAUUAUACUUACUGUAUUAUUAAAUAAGUAUUUAUAGAAUAUUUAUAGAAUGACAAUUUUGUUGUUAUAAUGCAGAAUCUACAUUGCAGAUGCAGAUGCAUUGUUACGUUAGCUGAAUAUUAUUGUUAUAUUAUGUCAUCCUUUAAGAGGUUCACUAGAAAAUAAUGUUAACUAGACGAGUAUUUUAAUGUUAAAUUCAUAUAUAUAUGAAUUUCGUGGAAUACAUUCUAAUAAUGUAAAUAAUUCUAAUAGAUUUAUUACUGUAGAAUAAAAGCAAGUAUAUAUUGAAUAUGCCAUUCCACAUUAUUUUUGUUUCUGAAAGUUGGAAUAAACUAAAAUUAUGACCGUA